AUGAACGAAAUAAACGUUUUCGCCUUCGCAUUCAUCGUCGUUUCUUUUCAUAAUCUUCAGUCCCCAUUGCUCGAAUAUCCGAGCUUGCGAACCUACUCUAAAACAUGUAUGUCCAUACUUGCGUAUCAGGAGGUCGAGCGACGAAUCGAAGAGCUGACUUGGAGCAUCUACGAGCUCGACCCGUACUACAACGAAGCUAGCGACGACGAGCCGGCCGCUACGUUGGCCAUGCUGGUGUCAAGUGCGGACCGUGCUCGGGCGAGUCGUCGCUCGCGCGCGGUCCCUCCGCCGCCCGCACGGCUCGUACCAGCCGCACCCUCACCCGCACGCCUCGCGCCUACCACCUACGCCGAAAUAGUCAAGGGCUCGGGUUCCCGCUCGGUCUCUCCACCAGACCGUCCAACGCACAGAAUGCCACUAAUAUCCCAAGACAGAGAGGCUAGCCCAGAAGAGGAUACCAAAGUUGAAGUUCAUGGACUGACUAGACCUCGCUCCUUGGAUGAUCGGGUCGAAUUCAGUGAACCAAAAAGCUCUAGUGACACAGAGUGCGAAAUGAGUGUAUGUGAUACGUUCCCAAGUGAUGUAAACGUUUAUAGUAGGGAAUAUUCCCAUGAGGUAUGCGAUUACUAUGUAAAUCCUACUGUGGAAUGUAAUGAAAAAGUUCCUGAACUUAAUAUAGUGCCUCAACAGCCUUCAAUUGUUGAAGAGACUCCAAUCAUGACUACCACAGAGUUACGUCCACCAGAUUGUCACGAUAGAUCAAUGAGUCCCGCAUCAAAACAUAGGUCUCAAGAAUUAUCGUAUGCUGAAAUACUAGCACUCGGCUUAAGCAAACAAUUGAAGAAUUCAAAUGUUUCAGUACUACCUAAACCUCAAGUGGCGCAGGUCGAAAUGGUGAAAGAAAUUGUUAUCGAAAUGGAAAAAUCGCCAUCAUUACAGCAUGAGCAAAAAUUGAAGUCGAAAGACUCAUUGAAAUUAAAAGGUGUUAGACCAGAAAGACCUUCACAGCGUAGUCGAUCGAGAGACAUGCCAAGGCAACGAAGAGCGCCUGAGAAACGAUCGAUGAAAACAAAUGAUGCGCAAUUGAUAAAGAAAAAGAAAACACCAAAAAAAGUAUUAGAAGUUCAAGAAUUUGAUGAUAAUCCUGAAGUAAUCGACGCUGAUGACCCUCCAUCACAGUCGACAUUAGCGUUGAAACAUAAAACUGAUAAAAAGUCAGAUUUUGAAAGUUCUAAAAUGACUGUAAAUAAAAUUGAAACGGAAAAAGAAAAGCCAAUACAUAUCGAAAAUUUCGAAGAACCCAUUGAUGCUAGUCCAGAACAAAGUGUCGCAGAAACUGUCCAAAAGAAAUCUAAGAAAAAAAAUAAAAUUAAGAAAGCUCAAGGAACAGAAGACGAAAUCGAAAGAGCCCUGAAAGAAAUAGAGGAGUCAGAUAAACAAAAAAAGAAAAAACACCGAGACCUUCGUGAUAAGAGCAAAGAAAAAGUAAUAGAAGUAAAAGAAGUUGUUAAUGAAAGUAGGAAUUUGGAUGUUAUGUUAGAGUCAAAGGAAUCUAUGUCCUCAAAGUCUAAAAAGAAAAAAUCUCAAAAACAUCAAGUAGUUACUUCACCUGUUGAAAAUAUAAAGGAAGAAGAGCAGAAAUUUAUUAACAGUAAAUUAAAGGAAACACAAGAAAUAUUCCUAAAUGAUAUGACUCAAAAUGAGCUAACUCGUGAAAAUGUAACGAAAACUUCAAGUCUAAAAUGUGUUUCGCCAGAUUUAAAUAUAUCUGCAGACUUGAAUGAUGCUGUUAGUGGUAUUGAGUUUGGUUCGAUUAAGCAAAAGAAGAAAAAGAAAUCCAAAAAGCAAGAUAAAGUACAAGAUACAGAAAUAAGGGUUGAUCCCACGGAGGAAAUUAAAAGUUUAAAUGAAAAUACGGAUUUGACUAAAAGUAAAGUUAUUGAUAACACUGAUUUCAAAGACAUGAAUAUUUUAGAAAAAAUACAAUCAGAACAAAGUUUGAUAACUGAGGACAAUGAAUCAAGUAUAAAUAAAUCAGAUGAAUCCUCGAACAAAAGUAAAACUUAUAGAAAGAAGUCUAAAACUAAAAAAUCCAGAGGUACAGAUAAUGAAGAAACAGACAAAGCUAUUAAAAAAAAAGAACAAGAUGAAAUAAUCAAAACAAACAAAGAUAAAAAAUCAUUAGAGACAGUUGUUGAGUCUAUGGUAGAUACUAGUUCAUCACAACUGAAAAUUGAAAAUGCUAGCGUAUCUGAAAUUGCUAAAAAUAAAAUUAUCACCAUGGAUUGGAAUGCUUUGAUGGAAGAGGAAGACAAGAUUCCUGAAUCUGCAAUUGAGCCAAUAACACUCGAUAAAAACCAAAUUGACAUAAAUAUAAGCUCGGAACAAAUAGCUUCUGAAGUCACCAUCCUUCCUGAGGUGACGACUGUUUUGUCAGAAUCAGACAUAGUUGAUUGUGUGAAACUGUCUGAGAGUUGUGAAAUUAACACUAGUUCUGACCAAUCGGUAAUAGAGAAUUUAAAUAAAACAACGGCAACUGAAAAUGAACAGAAUAAUAAUGACAAAUUCUAUUCAGACGUUGUUAGAAAGGAACGAUUUAUCAACGUGAUUGAACAAACUACUACGUACAGACCUAUAGAUGACGUCGAGACUCGUACAAUAUAUCUUAUUACUCAUGAAGAAAAGAAAAUGCCUCCAAUAAGAACUGUUAAAAUAUUUAAUAGUAAAAAUAAUUCUUUUGAAGAAUCAUGUAAUGAAAAAACAAUCCCGAUCGAAUCGGAGAAGGCUGAGAACGAGGAAGAAUCACUCCAGAGUGAUAAAGUAGACGUAGAAAUAUCAGACCUUGAUUCUAUGAACAAGAUAGAGGUUCCCGAAAAAUCUGAUACCGAUAGUCAUGUUACCGAAGAAACGUUGGAUAAUUUCCAAAACAUGGGUGUAAAGAAUACCGAUGUGGUAGAAGAAUUAGAAGGUGUGAAUAUUCAAUAUGAUCAUAAUGUGCCAAACAAAAUAGAUACUAAAACACAACAUGUUGCCUAUCCAUUAGAAGACUCGUACAAGGAAGACCAAAAUUUAGUUGUUGUCAUGAAUAUUGAAAAGGAGAGUAAAAAUAUAGAAACAUCGACAGAAAUUGAGUCGGAUGAUGUUUUAAUUGAACAAGCUAUAUUUGGGUCAGUACAACAACGUAGGAAACCAGUAGAAAGAUCAGAGAUUCCUGGAGUUGUAAUAAAUGAAGAAGUAAAACCAUAUAUGAUUGGACUCGAUUUUGAGCAACUGGACUAUAAUUAUUAUCAAUACAUUAGCAAUAAAACCGGCAGUGAUGUAAUUACUAGUCUGAAGGAGGGACAAGUCGAUAAUGAUUUAAGCAAUGAAUAUAAAGAAAAAAAUUAUAUUGCGGAGUUAGAAAAGCAAGAGGGCUAUAAUGAGGAGCAUGUUGAAACAAAUUCCAUAAGUGAGAAAAUUCAACAAGAUCAAGCAAGUGACAAUGUACAUGUAAAGGAAUUUAAUUCAGGCAUUGAUGACAUUUCUGAAAUUAUAACACCUUCUAUAAAGGAAACAGGGCUUUCUGCUGUACAUGAAAUUUCACCAGAAAAAUCUGAAUCCCUUGCUAUCCUUGAAGACAUGAUGUUAAAAUAUGAUUAUCAAAAUUUACGAAAUGCUGAAUAUAAUUUAGCAAUUCAGACUACCAACAAACACGCUUUGAAAUUGAAUAAAUUAAACAACACAAACGUCAUUGAAAACAGCAUAAGCGAGCGAGAAGUAGAAGAAAAUUCUACAGAAAUUCUGUCAGCUGACAAUAAGGACAUAAUGACAAAAUCGUCUGAAAUUAAAAACGACACAACUGAUUUACUUAUUUUUAAUUCUUGUACUCAGUUAAAGUACAAUUAUCAGGAUAUUAUUGAUGCAGAAAACAAAGUUAUUAAAGAAAAUAGUUAUAAACAAAUUCAGGAAAAUACAUUAGCCGUAGAUGAAAGUUUAGACGAAGCUGUUAAUGCAAAAAUAAAUGCGUCGAUGAGUAAUACAAAUAGCGAAAAUAAUAUGAAAAUUCUAAAUGUUACCUCUAUUGAAGUACCCCGGCAUCAAUAUCAGGAAUUGUCGGACGCUGAACAACUUUACGCCAACAUAAAAUCUUGUCAAGAUAGCCUAGAGUCUGAUAUAUCUUUUAAAAAUAAUGAAAGUGAAAAAGCAACUAAUUAUGAACCCAGCAUAGAUAAAGAAUCUAUUAAACAUGACUCCCAUACAACUGCAGAUGCUGACGGGUCAAAAGAAAGACCUCAAAGUUUCGAUACCAUUACAGAUAUAAGGGAUGAUGAUAUUUCAAACGUAACUAAUGACUGCAAUCAAAACGAGAUGAAAUUAAUAUAUGAAAUACCAAUGUAUUCGUAUUCAGAAUUACGUGAUGCUGAAAACCUUCUUAUAACGAGACUAGGAAAAGAGUAUCAGAGUAAAAUUGAACCUACUGUUCAAGACGAUGACAGUUAUGAAAAUAAAUUGAUUGAACUAAAUGUGAAUUCCACAUCUUGUGAAAACAUUACUAAAGGAGUGAGAAAAAGUAGUGAACACGAAUAUUUUAUAUUCGAAGUUCCUGGACAGAAUUAUAAAGAGUUACAAGAUGCAGAAUACCUAUAUGCGUCCCUGUGUUCUAAAAACGCAGUUGAUAUAGAAAACAGUAAUAGAUCAGAUGUUCUAUCAAGUAAAGAGAAUCAACGAGUGCCUUUGGAAAACAAAGACUUUAAUGAUGAUUGUAUUGGUGGUGAUUUUGAUAUUGAGGAAAAGAAAGUACUGGCGUCAGUUGAUACUGAAAUUGUAGAAAAUAAACCAGAUUGUACGGUCGAAAAUAUAAUAAAGAAAGGGCUUGAGAAAGUAAAUGAUGAAAGUAAAAGUCCUGAAGAUACGAUUCUCGAAGUUACGAUACAAGAAAACAUCAUGCCAGAAAAAACUGAAAUCGCGUAUACUAUUGAUCUAAUUAGUCAUGAACAAUCUGUCUUAGAAGAAAAUGAUAAUAUCGGCAGCGAUAUUGUUGGUCAAAUUGAUAAAGAACCUAAUAACACUACAGACCUUAGCGUUAAUAUGAGUAAACUUGAAAAAGACACUCCUGAAGAAAAUAUUAGCAACUUUGAAGAUGAUUAUGCUAAACAAUCUCUUGUUCCUCUAGUUUUCGAUACACCGAAAUCGGAAAAAGGAAAAAAUUCUACUCUCGAUGAUUCACCUUUAAACGUGAAGGAGGACGAGGAAGAAGAAUUUGUUAUAGUUGAUGUAGUAAAAGAUGUGUCUGAAGAAAUCGUUAAUGUGUCACCUGUAAACUUUGAUUCUGGAACUGGUGAUAUUCCACAAUCGUUAGCAGAAACCGAAGAAGCUGUUACGGAGAACAAUAAAAAACAAUAUGAUCAACAAAUGACCGACAGCAUUAACUUGCGGACAGACGAGAAGUUACCUGAUUAUCGUGACAAUCUGCCACUAGCUCUUGAUUUUGAAGUGGACUGUGAAAUUAUAAAAUCAACUUUGGCAUUUGAUAAGGAAGAGGAACUACUCCAAGCUAAACACAUAAAAGAGUCCUCUAUUGAAUCUAAUUAUAGCUCAACUGAAAAUAUUUGUUUACUACCUGAUACUACAAUUGAGUCGCAACCAAUUGAUACGCAAAUAAGACAUAACAUACUUAGCACUGAUGAGAAUAUAUCAACUUUGAACUUAAUAGAAUCCACCUUAAACAAAACUAACGAAAAUUUAAAUAUUCCUCCUAAUAUAGAUUGCCUUAAUACUGACGAAGAAAAUGACAUACCUCGUCCUGAAAAAUCUCCUAUUCAUAGCUUGCAUGAUCUCCUUCCUGAAAUUGAUUCUAUUCCGGAGUUUAAACCUGCAUAUUCCUCGAGUACUGUUCUAUAUUCAAAAUUAUCAGCUGAUGCACCAGAAUUCAAACCAUCUUAUAUGUAUUCGCUCGAUGACAACAACAGUUCAGAGAGCGUUUCAAAUAUUAAUUUGAAACAAAAGAAGCAAGAUACCACAAAAUCACGAAAUGAUGUAGAAUCUACUCCUGGUCCCGAAAAUACUUUGGAACCUAUAACAGCUUCAUAUUCUUCUGUGUUAUUAAGUAAAGCGAAGGAACCGCAAGACAAACCAAAAACAACUUCUCAAUCACUAGAGAAAAAGGAAAGUGGUUCAAAACCACCCACUGUCCAAGAAAAAGAAGAACAUCCAGAUACAAAAUCAAAACCAAAAAAACGCAAGAAGAAAGAUCUAGACAAGCGAGAUUCAUCUUUGUCGUUUGCAUCUGAUACUGAUAACACUCUUUCUAAUGUAAAACAAAAUUUGGAAACAACCAAUGUAUGGACUAAGGCUGCUGAAGAAGGCAAAUCAUACGCAGAAGUUGUUGCCGAAGGGUUAAUUGGGGAUGAACAAAAAGAUUUACGUACUCAUCAACACGUAGACCCGCCUAUUGUUUCUGAUCAAGAAAUGAUUCCAAUUUUGUCUGAUGAUUCUCUUCAAGUGGUAGAAACAAAACAAGAAAAUCCUAAAGGAGCAGAUGAAUCUCAAACUUCGUGGGCCAAAAUUGUGGCAAGUAAUCGACCCUCGCCAGAAAGAGUGAGUAAAGUAAAUGAGCCAAUUGUAGAGAUCACAAGUUCUUAUAAACCUCCCGUUAUAUUAGUUGAUGAGUCCGAUAACGAGAUUCAGCGUUCUGACGUUCAUGUAGAUGAUGACGGUUUUAUAAAAGUCGAUAGAAAUAGACGUUCACGUUCAAGAUCACGUGACAAUCGCAAUCGGUCACCAUCGACAUCUAAAACUAUUCAUAAACAGCUUAUUCCAAGAGACAAGUCGGAAAAUAGAUUUGAACCAUUAGUAAGUAUUCUUAAAACAGAAGAAGAAUCUCAGGAUGUUGAGUCUGCUAUUGAAAAAGAGACAAUAACAAAGGUGAGAAAAAAUCGUUCCUCUCUACCAAAAGAAGAAAUAAAAACUAAAACAACUCACAUUACUCCAAAUCCACCAGAGGAAGAAAAACAACAGAUUAAAAAAGAUAAAAAGAAGAAAAUCACCAAAUCAAAAGAUAAAACAUUAAAAAGUAAUGAAAACAAAGAUCAAAUUGAACCGGCUCUUGAUAGAGUAAUGGAGGACAAAGUGGAACCAACUAAGAAAAUAGAACCUCAAAGUCAAAAGAAAAAUAAAGGUAAGAAGAAAGAUAAGAAAAAUUCUCGUGUUAUUGAUGAAGCAAAUACUCCUGUAGAGCCAGGUAUGAGUUCGUUAGAACAAGAAAAGCUUAUGGGAGUUGGCACAAGAAAAGAUUUAACCCCUGUCUCGACACCGGAAAUUAUGCAAACGCCUAUUAAAGACAAACCAUAUUCGGAAGCUCAAUUUUGGAAGAUUGACCCUAGUGGAAUAGAUGAAUUAAGCAAUUUAUCGGAAAUUUUAACCAUUGAAGUUAACAAACAAGAAGUGCCUAAAUUACAACUUUCAGUCCCAGAAACAAAAAUUGAUGAAACUGUAAUGGAUGCUAAAACCGACACUGAAACUUUAUGCGAUGUGGGUGAGGAUAUUCAGAGUCAGAUAUCUGAAGAGCAGUCUCUUGAGAAUAAAAUGGCGGACUUACAACGAGAAAUAGAAGAAAUGCUCCUGCCUGAAAAUGAUAAUUCAAUAACGAGUAACGAUGACAUUCAAAUAGAAUUAACACAAACAAAUAUUUCCAUCGAAGAACAACAAGAUGAAAUACCAGAUAGUAUAAGUCCGAUGCUUGCUUCCCCAGAUCCAGAAGAUAUAUUAUUGCAAACAAAUGAUUGUUGCAAAGAAAACGUAGAUGUUUCCAAAAGUGAUCAUAUUGCCGUAAGCAUGGCUGACGCUUUACUGGAGGAGUCAAAUUCAAAACGUAUUACAGACAAAACAAGUGAUUAUAUACCACAACAUGAAGUGCUUGAAGAAUUAUCAUUAAAUUCGACAACAAAUACUAUAGAACAAAAUAUUCUUGAAAACCGGACAAAUGAUAACACUAACCUUCUCGAACAUACUAACAGCUCCGCAAUGAUUACUAACAAUACCAUUUAUUUAAAACCAGAAAACUUUCGGCUAGAUAAGUUUGUCACGGACGACGCUGAAAAACGUUUAGCUGAACAAAACAAUUUAAUUGUCACUAAAGACGUUGACGAGAAACUAGAAAAAAAUCUUAUGAAUGAUAAAUUGUUUUGGCUCGAGAAACAUUUGUAUCACGACGCGGAAUGCCAAUACUUUAUUUCGCUUGCAAACCAAUCAAAAGAGUCUGCUAACAUUCAAACCGAUUUAGAGACCAAAGACGAAGAUAAAGAUCCGGACGGCGGAUCAGGAUUCUCGUCUAAUACAGAAAAUAACAUUUCGCAAACCCGGUUCGGCUCUCCCUCUGAUUCCAAUUACAUAUCCAUGGAUCUUCCAGGAGGGAUAUGUAGUUGGAAAGACCAAAGUUCAUAUCUAAGUGUAGAAACACCGACGGAUUCAUUGAGUCAGUUAGUUUCCGACAUCCCAGAGGAUACACUAACACCCCUGUCUCCCGCGCAAGCCGCGCCCUCCCCCCUCCCCCCGCCCGCACAGGAGCCGACCACACCAGAGAGGAUCCCGAAGGCUGCCAAGGAUGACUUGUCUAACGAUAUUGAAACGCUGCUAGAGGAAGUUAAAAUAGUACAAUCGAAUCUCUCCGAUCUUCCGGACGGAAGCCUCGACGCUAUGGAGGAAGGACUUCGGGAGGGAAUAUCAAUACUGGAAAAGUGUGACGAAGCAGCCGUUUUGUUAGAGCAAAAAAUCAUGGAGUUCCGAGAGGAGCCUGAGGUGAAGGCGUUGCUGCGUGAACUGGUUUCAAUAAGAGGACGGAUUGCGAAGCUUUUAGUACAAGCGCGCCAAGGAUUAAACACCAUCCAGGUAAGAAAGGACGCUAGAGUUCAAGUCGCGAAGCAAACCAAAGAAUUGGAGGAACAAAAGGAAAAAGUAGCAAAACUAGAUCGUUGGCUUGAAAAUAUUAAUGAGGAACUAAAGGAAUCAACACAACAAGCCGAUGUGUUAACUGAUGAAGAUAUUGUUAGGUAUAUUGAAAUUUACGAGAGAUAUAUUAGAGAAUACGAAGAAUAUGAAGUUUUGUUGAAAUCUGUGAUAGUGGUAAUUUAUGAUGAUUCUAGUCACUUAAAAAUGAAAUUAGACGUAACGAGGAAAUCUCUUGAAACAACAAAAGAUCUAGUCAUUAAAGAAAUUGAACGGUUACGACAAUUACUGAUACAAAUCAGAACUGCGCCUGAAGUAGUCGAAGAUGAUAUAUCCCAGACAGAUAGAACUAUUGACUCUACUUCCAUGCCGGAGGAAAUUGUGUCACCUCGGGAAAUGAAAUACGUUCCGGAGACAAUAGUAGCGGAAGUAAGUAUUCCAGAAAAAAAGGAAUUAGAUGGCAAAGAUAAACAAGAAACCGGUACUAUCAUUGAAGACAUCCCUGAACAGAAUGUAAAAUCAAAAACAAUAUCGAAAGAAACAAGUGAGCUCAGGCAACCGAAGACGCAAAUUCAAGAAGUUGUUAUACAAGAGCAAUCAAAACCUAGUGCUACAAUUGAAACACAAACGGGUAAAAGUCUUCAGUCUGAAACUCCAGAUCUUGUCGACAGAUCCGUUACCUGUGCUCCAGAGAAAAUAAUUACACAUGACGUUUCUAUAACGUGUAUACCGCAGGCAGAGGUGGAAGUACAAACUAGUGAACCCAAGAGUCUUGAAGAAAUUUUAGAAAAUAUACAAGUAAAACAAACAACAUCCGAUGGGCAUGAAACUAUUGAAAUUGCCAGCCGUCCUGUUACAAGGGAACAAAAAAUGGAUGAACAGUCAUUAUUUGUUGAUGCUCAUUAUCAAGACGAUAAAGUACACAAAGAUUCUCAUCUCAAUAUAGUCCACAGCUUACCACAAUCCUUUGAAACUGUUAUGGUAGAACCCGAUGAAACCACAACUGAAGUUAUUGUUGAUGCCGAUGGAACAAAACGUAUAAUCGUCAAAAAAGUGAGAAAAACUCUCGUCACAAGGCAACAAAUAAUACAAAGCCAUCAGCAGGAGUCUCAUGUACUAUCGACUGAAAAUAUACCACAACAUUCUUUCUCACAGUUGACACUUGAAGAAGAAGGUGGUUCAAAAUCUUCUCUGCUGGAAGAUGGUGGCCAAAGACACAUGGAAUAUCAAAUAUAUGAUGGAAAGGUUAUAUCAGCAUUACCUGGUAGUGAAGUAACAAUCGAAGAAGUGACAUCUCGACCUGAUGUGACUAUCGCAAUAGACCAGGGAAUAAGACCCGAAGAAAUACUUCAACUUGCAGAAGGAGAAAUACAACCACAGAUAAAGACAUCUUCCAGUGUUACAGCUGUAGUUCAACAAAUUACAAAAAGAAUUGUUAAAACUAGACGUAGAGUUAUUAGACGUGUUGUAAUUAUUGACGGAAAAGAACAUGUUACAGAAGAAAUAAUUGACGAACCAGAUAACGUGGAAAUCUUUGAAGAAAAGAUUCCUAGAGUUUCCAUUAAUGUUAAGGAGAGUGAAACAAGUCAUGAAUUUACUGUUGACCCGGAUGACAAAGACAAAUUUCCGCCAGAAGAAUCACCAAAUUCUAACGAAGAUACUAAGAAUCUCCAGUAUGAACGAAAAUCUGAAAAACAUGAGUCGCCCUUUAGAGAAAGUUCAGAAGACAAAAUAUUUUCCCAAGGAGACCAGCCUUUAGAAAGUAGAACAACUAGCAACAUUACGUAUCCAGAAGAUAAUGAGGUUAUGAAAAGACAGCUAAAGGAAAUUAUACAAAAAGAGUGCAAUGUUGUUUUACCAGGAGAACCAAAAUCUUCCACAGAACCUUCAUUUACGAUACCUGAAACUGUAACUCAUAUUGUGAGUGAUGAUGAACAAAUUACCAACAUACCUAGUGAUAUUCAAUCUACGGAAACUACAUCUUCGGCUACAAUGAUUCAACGAGUUAUUAAAACAGUAAAGCGAAAACGGCGUAUAAUAAAACACAUUCAAAUAAUAGAUGGAAAAGAACAGGUAACCGAAGAGAUCAUAGAAGAACCAGACGACGAGGAAGUGGUCGAAGGCGAACCAACAAUUACUUAUACACAAAAUCCAGAAUUUUCAACUAAGUGCAUUAAAAUAAUAAGACAAGUUUGUGUGAAAGAUGGCAAGGAACAUGUAACCGAACAAAUAGUGGAAGAGCCUGAAGAUGACCUUUCAGAAGCAACUAAAGUAAUAACUAUUGAAAAACCAGAAAUUUCUGAAUUUAAAACAAUUGAAGAACAACAUUUUAACAUACACAAAGGACUUCCCCGAGACCAAAAUAUUCCUGAAAUUAGCAAACAAUUACUGGGUAGUGAGAUAGAUGUCUCGCCAUCCCAAAUACAACAUUCAAUACCAAAUAUGAAAGAACAAUCUCAAGCGUUUAUAGAAAAUGAACAAAUAGACAAUUCGCCUCGAAAUGAUGAGAAGCGUGAUAUAUCAACAUACCAGACCCCUGUUUCAGGAGAAAGAAGUAAAAUAAAUAAACAAGCCGUUGAAUAUCAUUCUGAGACACCGAAAACAGAAGUCACCAAGUCUCAGGACACUGAAGAAAGAAGCUUUGACAUUGGCCUGGCGGAAGUGGUCUCAUCAAAUAAAGAAAUGCUAUCGGAACCUGACCAAGAUACUAGCAAUGACAAUGUCAUUACAAAAAUUACGAAGAAAAAAACGCGUGUAAUAAGACAUAUUCAAAUUAUAGAUGGAAAAGAACAUGUAACCGAAGAGGUUAUACAAGAACCGGAUGAGGUGCAAUUUGUGGAAGGUGAUCCUGGUGAUUCACAUGUCCGUCAUGACGAGUUCGUUAAAACAAAGAGUGUGAAGAUUUUACGUCAAGUUCAAAUAAUUGACGGUAAGGAGCAUGUUACAGAAAAAGUUAUUGAAAGUUCCGAUAAUGAGUAUGUUCCUGAAAGUACUGACUUUGACUCCAUUCAAGUUCCGGUACAAAAACCAGAUGUUGUUGACGUUCCACCACAAUCAAUACCGACUAAUGAGACUAUUAUUUUAGAUGAAGCAUCUGAAGGGUCAACAAUAACAGAGGAACCACUUAAAGAUAAAAAAGAAUCAAACCUGAGCAUAAAUGAGCAGUUUCUUAAUAAACUAGAGCCUAAAGGUAUUAGUGACAUGCCUAAUAUAAUUUUAUCAUCCAAAUCUGUAGACGAAAAACCUAAAAGGGAUCUGACACAAAGUUUCCUAGAAAGGGAAAUUGAACAUUCAAAUCUUUACACCAUGCCGAGAGAGGAAAUAGAAAAAGAUCACGAUAGAAAAGUAUUACUUAAAAAUGAAGCUGAAAUGGCUGAUGUUAAGCAAGACAAUUUAAUAUUUGAUACUAAAGUAAGCAAAGAUAUGAUUCCAAAGGAGGAAAUGGAUCCUAAAUCUCUUAAUAUUGUAAUUCAAACCCAAACCUCUGAGCUUUCGAGUGUCUUAUGUGAACAGUCUCCAACUUUGGAUUCACAAUCCUCUAAAGAUUGUGUCAGCUCUCAAGAUCCUAAGCCAAGAGCCGAAAAUAUAAUUCCUCCUAAAAAGCAUCUUCCCGAAUCCAGUCUAACUAAAGUUUCAACAAGUGAUCUAUUAAAUGAUACCCAAAUGACUGAUGAUAAAUCUGUAAAUACCGCAGUUACUGAAAUUAAUAACGAAAAUUAUGAUACAAUCAUUGAUAGUGCAGAACCAUUGGAUUCUGCACAUUUUGCUAAAAGUGAAAGUGAGAAUAAACAAAUACCUAUUGGGCCCAGUAAUUUGAAAUCAGAAUCAACGGCACAAUUAGAAACCACAGAUAUUAAAGAAAAAACUGCUCAUUUAGAGGAUGACAUCGUUCCAGAUUCAGGAAAGGCACCAAAAAGUUAUAUUACCACUCAUCAGCAAACUAUUGAAACACUAGAUGACCCUUCAGUGGACUUAAUAAAACAUUCACUUACAACGAUUACGAAGAGAAGAAAACGUAUUAUUAAACAUAUUCAGAUUGUAGAUGGAAAAGAACAUGUCACUGAAGAAGUUAUUGAAGAACCAGAAGAGGUAGAGAUUGUUGAGAGUGAUCCAACUCCUCAUGCACAUGUGUUACAAGAGCAGGGUAUUAAAACCAAAACGUUGAAAAUAGUACGUCAAGUACAAAUAAUUGAUGGAAAUGAGCACGUUAUAGAACAAGUUAUUGAAGAUCCCGAUGAUGAAUAUGUUCCUUCAACUACUGUUCUUGCUGAUAUAGAAAUUGGAUUGGAAAAGUCUGAUUUAACAAACGUCCCGAAACAUAUCGGUGAUGUCACACAAAAGCUUCUAGAAAGUGAAAUCGAACAUUCAAAUGUUCUUGCUGUAGAGCCUAAGGAUAUAAAACAACCCGAGGAGAUAAGAGCUGCAGAACCCGAGGAAAAAAUAUCCACAGAUCAAAUACAGAUAUCGGAGCCGCAAUAUAUGAUUCAACCUCAACCAAAAAUCUCAACCACAGAGCUACUAAUGCCCAUAGCUACCGAAGAACAAGAAGUAGCGAAGGAAUGUUUGAAACCCGAUGAAGUUGACAGUCACAAUCUGGACCUAAAAAAUUAUGCAACAAUGAAAGUAGAGUCAAACAAACAAGUUCAAGUGCAAAGUGAAGAAAAAGUAAUACCAACGUUUAUUGAAUCAGAAUUUGAUGAUGGUAAAAGUAUUAAACAAAAACUUAGUGAGGAACAUAUACAACAACAUAUUACAGAAAAAAAUACUGAGGAACCAGGUUAUGAAACUGUUGCUGCUGCCACUAAGAUAAUUGAUACUGACUUAGAAGGCGCCAUCAAUCAGGAAGCAGAUCAAACUUGUAAUUUGAAAGAAGCAUCAUCUAACAUAGUAAGUAAGUUUGAAGAUUCAUUUAUAUCAAAAGAAAAAGAGUCAUUGCUGUCUGAACAAAACAUAAAAAAUAAAUCAACAGACCCAGAAUUGGGUAAACAAAUACCUUCAGAUGAAAAAGAAGUCGAAUUAUUAAUAGAAAAAACUGGUAAUACUGAGGAAAUUGUUAAAAAUACUGAAGGUUCCACUGAUAUAGCCAAGGAAAUAAGCUUGUCGUCAGCCGACCAGGGUAAAAGAGAGGAAAAUAAAUCUGGCAUAAUUACAGAGUGUUACACUAGUCAAUCAAAAACAGAAGUGGAACCUGCUAGAGAAGGCACGGUAAUAAUAGAAAGUGAUGUAAAUUUACAAACCGAACAACCAAAAAUAUCAUAUAUUCAACAAUUCGAAACUGUUGAACAUGAACAAAAGGAUGAACAUCCUACGCCUGAAUAUAUCAAGCUGACAAAAGAUAUUCAGACGCCCGAGAAAAAACAAUUUCAAAAGGGUUCUGAUUUAAAACAUGACACUAAUAUAUUUAUUCAAACAGAGAGAUUGGACACGCACGUGCCUGCUUUGGUUGGUAGUAUUUCAUCUCCUGAAAUCAAUAACAAAACGUCUAAAAAGGAUAUACCUGAUAAAAAUUAUAAAUGUGAUUUUGGCAGUGAAACGGAAAAUAUUUCACAGACCGUUGACAUAGCUAUGUCACUUGUGAAAACAGAUGAUAAGCAGGAGACCGAACCGAAAAUUGAAAUGGAACUUAAAAUAGAAAACUUUGAAAAGACUAUGCCUAGUGUUGUAAAAAAAGAUAUAAAUAUUGAUUUGCCAACUCGAAUCCAUAUUACUGAAGAAAAACAAGAAGAUUUACAAGAGAAUCUUAGAGAAAACAUUAAAGAGAAAUCAGAUAAAUCCAAAAAGGACCAUAAAAAACGUAGUAAAAAGAAACAAAAACAACAUGAAGAAGAAGCAAGUAAGGUUUUGGACCCAGAACCAUUUUCUGAAACGGAAAAAAGUAUAGCAGAUACGGAGAGUUCAUCACUGGGACAUUACGUCCAGCUGUCAUCGCCUACGAUUGUAGAAUCACCCAAGCCUUCCGACUCUUUACUAGAAAUGCCUAAAGAAAGUGAAUGCCCAGAAGAGAACAUUUCAUUGUCGAUGGUAUCAGAUCACAACACAGAAAAAGGCUACGAGCCUGAAGACGUGUCCGUAAGUCAGGAAGAUAAAAAAAUGGAUAAACAAAAGAAACAUAAGAAACGUAAAGCUUACGCAGUAAGUGAAUCAACUACUUAUCCACAUCAAACCUCAACUGGAGAUGAAACUGCAGUAUCAACACCUGUCGAAAUGAGUGAGCCAAUUCAACAAAGGGUAAUUAAGACGAAAAAGGGAAAGAAGAAGACCUCCACUGAAGAUAAACAAAAGGAAGUAAAGUCAGAACCAGUUAUCACACCUAUCAGUCCAAAGGUUGGAAGUGAAAUAGUUACUUCUUCACCCCGGGAUGAAUCAUAUCAAACUUUAAGUGAAACACCGGAAGCCAACACUGUAAAAAUUGUAGAAGAAUGCGUAGGAAGCAGCCCUGAGACCAUUAAACGUGAAAUAAGUACCACAGUCACUUAUCCAGUAAACGUCGUUGAAGAAAUUGCUACCACAGAAUAUUCUAUGCAAACUUCACCAGAAAUUAAGGAGUGUGAAAUAGAAGAAAAGGUAGAUAUUUCAAAAGUGGAAAAGACAGAUUCGGAGUUGCAAACUUCUCCAACUCCUGUAAGUGAAAUUUUGAUACAAACUGUACCAAUAGAGGACAAAGAAGCCCAUACACAAACUAUGGAUAAUAUUACCAUUAUAGAAAAAGUUGAAGUAUCAGAUAAUCAAAUUCAAACUAGUAGAUCUGAAACACCGGAAGAAAUUGUUAAAAUAGAAAUGACUACUCAAGUUGCACCAAGAGACAUUGGCUCUUCUGAUAAUAAAUUUUCACAAACAUCUUCUCCAGUCGUUGAACAAGAAAUAAAAAUCAAAGAAACUGACAACAGAGAUGUGCAAACUUCUCCUGAACCACAGGUUCAAAAAGACGAAAAGAGUACUGAAAUCGUUAUUGAAACAUUAGAUACUGACAUACAAACUAUUAAACUUGAUAAUGUAGACCAAGAAACAUCAACUUCUCCUACUGAACUUAGGAACGUAAACGAAAUUAGUAUCCAGACACCAGAAGUAUCAGUUGUACAUAGUUCCACGCAAUCAGACUUGCAGAAACCUGAAAAAGUUGAAGGAAACAUAGGAGAAAAAUUAGAUACAAAAGAUAAAAUUACUACGGUUGAUAGCAGUCAACAAACUUCACCCCGUAGAGACGAUGAACAAAAACAAAUCGUUGAUAUGUCUAAACAAGAAGUUGAAAGAAUUGACAGUAUGCAGCAAACUUCUCCUCGUGAUGACUAUAGCGCACCAAAACCUCACUCACCUGUACAAGAUAUUAGAGAGUUUGUUUCCGUAAAUGUAUCGCAACAAACAACACCAAGAGAUACUUUUGAAACCCAGCUUCAGAUCAAGGAAACGAUAGUCAAAGAUAAUAUUACAGUAGAUAAUACACAACAAACGUCUCCAAGGUUCUAUUCAGAAGAUUCUAUAUCAACAUCCACAGAUGAGCCCUAUGAAGUCCACUUAAGGGCUCAAAUAUCUGUUCCUCAAAUAGCUGACGAUUUCCUAGAAAACGAGCGCCAAUCACAAAUGUCUUCGCAAUCAAUUCUUGGUGAUCCACAAAAACAAAGGAAGCGAAAAUCUAAAAGAAAAGCUGAAUCUCCGUUGCAGUCUCCUGGUAGUCUAUCAGAUCCUAUAAAUGCUGAGCUUUCUCUGUCUGUGACGCCCUCAAGCGAAGACUUAUCCAGUAAAGACGUAUCAUCUAUAGAUGAAGGCAUAUCCCAAAUAGUGAGUCCUAUUCACCCUAUCUCUCAUGACACAAAUGCAGUUUCUAAACCGACUUAUUCUGAUGUCGUUCAAAGAUCUAAGUCAAAAUCACCCUCUCCAUCAAAAACGGUGAUUACAAAACCACAUAAAUCAGAAAAAGAAAAAUUACUUGAAACAUUAGAAAGAAGGACUCAAUCUAUACAUGUGGCUCAAAAACCAUCAGAUGAUUCAAUGACCGUCGCACUCAUAGAACCAUCAGUUGAAAAAUCAUAUGAUUUGGUCGUCAAUAAAGAGUUGGAAGAAGUUGUAAACGCAAUUAAUACCAAUGACCCUAGUAAAAUUGACAAGAGCGUAAUUAUUGUUAUUAAAACUAUAUCUAUAUGGCUAGAAGAAAUUCAGUAUAGAAUUAGAAGAGAAAUUAUAACUGGACAGACGUCCUCUGAUGACACUGAGCGCAUAAAACAAUUAGAAAAUUUCGUUAAAAGAUUAAAAGAAACUAUCUGCAUAACGGAAAUUCACGAAGAAACUAUAACGUUGAUUGAAACACUGACUCGACAAGUGAGUGCCGUUAAUACACUCAACAACCAAAGGCCAUUAAGAUUAGACGAAGAAGAGAAAAAGUGGGAAAAGUUUUUAUCUGAAGUUGACAGGUUAAAACAUUCAGUUGAUAAAGUGAAAUCUAAUCUUGACGCUUUAAUUAUGUCAGAAGCAACCACUCAAAAGAAAUUAGAAGAUCUGGACGAUAUUGAAAACGAUAAUAAUGACAAUGUUGAAAAUGUAAAGAAAGCUUUCAAACUUUACAGGAGCCUUAUAGAAUCAAAUCCUAAACUGGAAUGUCCUGAUGUUCUAUAUGUUUGUGAUGAUAACACCAAACAAGUGGAAAAUACUAUCAACACUGAAAGAGAUCGCCUAUUACAACUAACAUCUUUGGCUGAAGAAUAUGAACAAACAUUGGAGGACUUUGGACAAAUUACGGAUGUAGCUGAAGCAUUACUUGACGGUAAAAUUAUUGUAUCUAACUUAGAUCAUCUUCACGAAGAAAUACAAAAACACAGAAAAUUCUUCGUAAAUCUCAGUCAUUGCAGAGCAAUUCUUGAAUCUCUAGAAAAUAAUCUGGAUAACGAAACUAGAGCAAAAUAUUCGGCUUUACAUCAUUCCCUACACGACAGGGCAACAACCAUUAUAGAUAGAGCUGCUAGCCGAGCCCAACAAAUGACUCUUGCAGCCUCGCGAUGGAGCACUCUUGACCAAGGCAUGAAACAAGAGCAACAGUGGCUUAUAGUAGCUCAACAAAGAAUUCCAGAUUUGUCAAAUGUGACUUCAAUUGAUCACGAGCAAUAUAUAAACCUUUACCAAUCGAUCAGUCUCGAUGUUUCACAUCAUUACGCGAAAAUGUUAAGGUUAAUGUCGAUAACGGAAGGGCUACAGGGAUUAAUUAUUUGUUCAGGAUUAGAAAAUGAGUGUUCGACAGCACUUGACACUCUAUUCAAGCUCCAAGAAGACAUUGAUUCGCGAUUAACACGUCUUACUGCUUUUAAAGAAACUUGGAUAACAUACGACCAUCUCAUAGAUAGAAUCGAAGGCUGGAUGAAUUUAGCGGCUAAAGAACUAGAACACAUUACUCCUGAAAAUAUUACAACUACCAGUAACCUCAGAAGAUUCUGGGAAUUAAAAGCUCACCAUGAAGUACACAACACAUUAAAAAUUGAAUCAGGUAUUCAAUUUGAAAAAGCCUUAGAAAUACUACCAAUUUCAGAUGAAAUGGUUCAACGGCAAUUCUUUUCAAAGAUCGAGGAUAAGUGGCGGGAUUUAUCAACAAGGAUUAGCAGUAUUCAUUCGUCAGCCAUUCAAACUAUAUCUGAUCGCGAUGUACCUUCCAAUGAAAAAUUAACAAUACUCGAGGAUGAAAUGAGAGAACUGGCCGCUAUGCUAGAUGGUUUGAAAGGCGUCAUAAAGAGUGAAGACGAGCUCAACCUGUACAUUGAACGUCUACAAGUUAUGACCGGACGAAUAGACAGAAUACAGAACGAACUCGGCAGAUUGAGUUUGUUGCCGACAGCGGAUAGUGAGAGUCUCAGCGCACUGUUGAAUCAAUCCAGCCUAUUGGACGAUCAGAUAUCAGAAGAAUUGGAGCGGAGUCUGCUACUUAAAGAAAAACUUGUACAAGUUCAAGCCGGUAUCUCUCGCUGUCAAAAAAGUCAAAGAAGGGCUCAGCAAAUUUUAGAAGAGUGUGAAUCUGCCGAGCGUCUAGAGAGCGAUGUGGUGGAAAGAGCUUCGCAGACCUGCGAGAAACUUAUAGAAGAUCUAUCGACACAGUGGCGGGAUAUCCUCGCGCUGAGGCAGGCGCUUCACACUUUACCAACGAGUUUACGCGUCUGUAUGUCACCACUAAGUGUAGAAAGGGAUAUUUCUGCUUUGCAGGAGAGCCAUUCUUCCCUCGAGUCAGCAUGUAACGACUUGAGCGCGCGGCUUCGUGCCCGUGUAGCGCUGUGGCGGCGGUUCGAGCGGCAGCUGGAAUUAUUGCAGGGAGCCGUUCGGGAGGCCGACUACAUGGUGGAGCUGCUCACCGUACAAGGACAAGUGGACUAUGACCGACUGCUCAAGGCCACGGAGAAACUCGAGACAUUAAGCGACUCCCUCUCCCAACGUAACGGCGAGCUGGUGGGAGCUCUGCUGGAGGCGGCUCGUCCUCUGCAAGCCGGCGUCGAAGACUCAGUAGCAGCAAGACUUACCAAAGACCUAGAUGAUGCCACGGCCGCUUACCACGCCACAUGCGCCAACCUCACGCAGCUCUGUGAAAAGUACAACAAGGCGGUAGAUCUAUGGCGUCGUUACCGCAACGCCGCUGCAGGCGUGCGUGCGGUAGCCGAGAGGCAAGAAGCAGCGCUGCACGCUCUCAGACCACACGACGCUCCCGCCGCGCACAGGGCAUGUCUCGAACAAGAGGCCCGAGUUGCAGAAUUGCGCUCGUUGGCUGCUCGAGUUGCAGCUGAAACUGGCUCUAGAGCACUCCAGGCUGAUGCAGACGCGCUGGCCAGGAGAUUGCAAUUAGUCGCCGGUGCUGUACAAGCUCUGGCGGAUCUGGGAGAAGCUAGACAGUUGGCUCGAGCUAAGGCACAACAGGCUAAGGAAAUGUUCUGCGAUAUGAAACAGGAUUUAACGCCGCUUCAUGAGGACGGUGAGAUAGUUGAGGAUAAAUUGAUAGCGCUGAGGGAAAACCUUAUCGCGCUAGGCAAGAGUGAAGCUGAUAUAGCUCCGGCGAAGGCCGAGCUGCCUGAGAUUGAUCGGGAAGUUUCCGAUGAACAUUCCAUCGUGAGGAUCCUGGAACUAUGGCAGGCCAUGUUCAGAGAUACCUUCCUUCAUUAUCACAGACUAUCGACUGCUUUAGUGAGGUCGGGAGAUGCUGCUACUGCGUUGAGACUGUGGCAUGAAUACCUAUUGGAUUUACAGUCGUUCUUGUCUGGAACCGUUCCAGCAGACUAUGAGAACUUAACUGAACACCGCAGACUGUGCCGAGUUCAUAGAAAUCUACUGGCUUCCCAGCGCUCUGUUCUCGUAAACGAAAAUAGGGAGACGAAGAACAAAGACCUUGCAGAUAAAUUUGAUACCCUGACUAAUCUGCAUAACGAAACCUUGGCCAGAAUUGUUGAAAGACAUGACGAAGUUUGUUCACGUAUCGCGGCUUGGGAUGAUUAUAGAGAAACAAACACUGAACUGCUGAGAUGGCUUAAAGAAAUCGAAAGGGAGAAAGAAAAGUUACAGCUGCGUUACGUGCAUAUAAAGAGGAUACACAAAAUCCUUGCCAAAAUCCAGAAUCUCUCAGAAAGACUUCCUGAAGGUAGGAAACUGUCGGAAAAAUUACUUAGUAAUCUCAAAAAGGUACUGGACUUCACGGAAGACACAUACGCAGCAUCUGUCAGGAUGGAAUACGCUGGUAUUGUUAAACGAGUCGACAACUUACAAGCCAGUCUUGACACUUGGCGUGAUUUCCUAACUCGAAUACUAGGCCUCAUCGGGGAGUAUGAAUAUCUGACAGGCGAUCUAGUCAAGUUGUAUACAAAGUCACAAAGCGAAGUGAUGUCUUACUCUGAUGAAAAUCGACUUUCUAGGCCGCAACUUUUGAAAGCUAUAGAAAAGUACAGAGAUUUAAGAACAAAAAUUGAUAAGACUGAAAAUCAGAUAGAAGCUCUAAGUGUUAUCCAAGAACAGUUGAAGGAAUGCCUCAGUCCCCAGGACAUGAGGAUCGUGAACCAAAAAGUGUGGCAAUUGAGACAACAGCGAGCUGACUUAGAACAUCAGUUGUCAAUCAUCAUCCACAGACUUCAGGAAAGAGUGGAAGUUUACACGAUAUUCGACUCCCGGUUGACUCGAUUUGAAGACUGGAUUUCCACAAUAGAAUCCCGCCUCGAAACAACAACUUCAACUAGCGACAUUGGAGCUUUAGACCCUCAAGAUUUAAUAAGAAGGAUAAAUUCAGACAUCCAAGCGGAAACCGCUCUCAAAGAACGCGAGUUUGAAUGGCUCGCUGAAACUGGAACUGCUCUGGUUGAACUCUCCAAAAAAGACGAGAAAUCAUACAGCAAAAAUACAUCCAAACAUCUACGAGAUGUACAAGAGAGAUGGCACAAAUUACAAGAAACUGGUAGAAGUCGAAUUGACAAAAUCAAUGAGCUGCUUGAGACCAUCACUCAGCUUGAAGAACGAUUGACGGAGCUAAGGUUAAAACUACAUACUAUUGAAGCAAAUUUAUCAGCGUCAGUGGUCUUGGAACAACUAAGUACUAAAGCCGUGGACGCUAAAUUCCAAGAACGGGAUCAAAUUCACAAGAAUAUCGAAGAAGAGAGUGGGGAGGUCGGCAAGACUUUGAAUCUUUGUGAACUCGUGUUUAAUGACCCGGAUGUCAUAAAAGGAAACUUUGAUCUUCGAAACCUUCGUACCGGAGUUGAUAUAGUUGAGAAAAAAUGGAAAAACAUUUGCAAUAUGUCCGAGCAGCGCAAGAAAUCUCUUAAGGAAAUUAGGAAAUCGGCCGAAUUAACAAAUUCGCUGUUGCCAAAAGUGGAAAAGAAACUUGACGGCAUCGAAAAGAGAAUUGAAAAGAUUGAAGCGAGGAAACAACGUGGUGAGGAACAGGACGACAGCGUCGCUAAGGCCAUUAUCAAAGAUCUGGAUAGUCUCGAGAGUGAUCUGAAAAAGUUAGAAGACGCCUACAGUCGUAUAGCCUCCGCUCGGGGUGUGGAACUGAGAGGAGACGACGCAGCUCGUCUCCGAACCUCUGUGAGAAGAGGACAAUCAUUACGUUCCCGCGUACUCAGCGCCGACGCGGACGCUCACGGGCGGUUUGUGGCCGCACAUGGACGGGCAGUUGUGGCGCUGGCGGAAACAGAUGUGAGGCUCACUAAGGCUUUACAUCUCUCUCCUGCUCCCACAGACACACAGGCCACGCUCAAGGAACUCGAUGGUGUUGAAGUAGACCUGCGAGAGUGCGAAGCUCUAGUUGAAGAAGCGGAUAGACUGGCGGUAGUGGUCAGUUCGAUGUCGGGUGUUUCCGACAUGGUGAGCGAGUAUCGAGCACUGUGCGCUGAUGUACGGGCUCGUCUCUUAGCGGCGAGGGCGAGUGUGGUGAGCGACGUUGAAGCUGCUGUCCAAACGGAAUCUUUACGCUGGGAGACGGAUGCCUCGCUACAGGUGGAUACGCUCACCUCCAAGGAAACCUACCGGGUGGAGCUGGAGGCUGCGGUCAGAGAGACCUCGGACGCUUUAGAAGCCUUGAGAACGGCAUUAUUAGUGGAGUUGAAGGAGUACGCGACUCGCGAGGAACAAGCGAACGCUGCUAAAGAAAUCGCCAAAGCCGGAGCGAAACCUGAACAAACAUUGGAAUUAGCUAAACAUUUAUCGGAACUACUGCUGACGGAGUGCGACGCGACGGAGGAAGAGGCGAUGUUGAAGGAGGUCGGCUCCCUGUCUCUGAGAUACGAGGAUCUGCUCCCGCAAGCGAAGAAACGGGAACUACAGAUACAGGAGAUGAGGUUGCCCCACUCCGCGUUGUACGCUCUCACGUGCGAACAUGAAUCCGGUAAACUGACGUGUCCUCAAUGUACGGAUCGGAACUGGCGUCAACUGGACAAUGAUCUUUGGCGGCUGGAACAAUGGCUGCAGUUCGCUGAGGCCACGGAAGAAGCACGAACCGACCCGCCCGAGGCCUACGAAGCCCUAGAAGACGUAAUACAGGACCACCGCGAGUUUUUGUUGGACCUGGACUCUCAUAAAUCUCUGGUGGUGUGGUUGAACUUGGUGGGUUCUCACGUGGCGGGUCACGCUCGGCGCGAGGCGGACGGCGCGGCGGUCACGGCUCGCCUCGCUGACGCCAACCGUCGCUGGGACUCUGCUUGCCGCGCGGCCGCUGAGUGGCACGGACGGCUGCAGGCUGCACUCAUUAAUAACAGAGAAUUCCAUGAUAUAGGUGAGAUGUUUAUUAGAUUACUAGGUCCGUUUGAACGUGAAGAAGCAACAAACAUACACACACACUCACAAACUUUCACAAUUAUAAUAUUAGUAGGAUAA